CUUCAACUUGCCAUGAUCAGUUGUCAUGGACACAUUGACAGAGCUGGUCUACAGCAAUCUUACUAUGUUCAUAAAGACUUUCUGAUUCGUCCGUUUAACGAACUCGAACACAUGAUAUUUUCAUCAGAUACCUUCGAAUAUAGAUAUGUCACACUCGCGAUAUACAACCCGGGCUGAACGCUGCUGAACGUCUCUUCCAAUGGUACUCUCACUCACAUAUGCAACGGUCAUUCGCUGUGGAUCAGCAAACAUCAAGAAAUCGGGCAUAUCUUGGAAGGGCUGGAGGGAACGGUGGAUCGUUCUCAAGUCAAAUUUCCUGCUCGUGUACAAGAAUGCGGACGAACACCAGUUUAUCUUCAGAUUAUCUCUCGCUUUAAUUAAAGGGAUCUAUGUCAACGACAAUUCAGUGGACCGCCCUCGCUGCUUACAGCUGACAAUGCGGGGAGGUACUCAGUACUUUCUACAAUUCGGAAGCGAUAAGGAGUGCGAAGGAUGGUAUGACGACAUUUACCGAAUGAGUCCUCUGGCUCCCGUUUUGGUGAUAGCUGAGGAACUGCCUGAUGUGGAAGAGAUUGUUGACUAUUAUUUUGAUCAUGCGUCUUCUCCUUCAGAUGCAAGCUCCAGCUUGCCAAGUGCCAUUGAAAAUACCAUUGAUGUCCGACAACCACGUCCCCUUUCGAAUCUACAAAUAUCUUCUACACCAAAUCUCCUAAAUCUCGUCGAUUCUAGAAAAGAUACGGCAAACACCAUGAACGCAAUGGAUGCGUUUCAGAUGACUGAUAAUGAUCGCUCUCUUCUAAGGAAAGCAAUAUCAUUCCUAUGCUCUUGCAUGGAACCGCGUCUCCGCCGCCGCAGUGAUCCUGGAGGGGAGAAACCCUUCGAUCUAGUCGAGAUUCGCCUCCGCGUUCUCCUAAGGGUGAUGAGUAAAUGGACCAGGCAAUAUGACUUACAAGUUGACUACGACACGAUUCUUGCUCUAUCCGAAGCCCUUAAAGAUGGAUACGUUCUUUGCCAGACACUGAACGCCAUUGGCCGUAGCCCUUUAAUUCGUCCCAAUGACAGGGACAAUGUCAAUCUCGCCAAAUUUCUAUCAGGCUGUCGUGACCUCGGCAUACCAAGAGAAGAGCUUUUUUCCUCUGGAGACCUAACAGACAUCACAGCCGAUUCCUCCAUUCGAGUCGCGAAGACCAUUCUCACACUCGCAAAAUUAACGGAAUCAGAGGAUCGGAUAAAUACUGGUGAAUCUCUAACACAAUUUUCGAAAUUUGCUUUGCCUUCCUUUGCAACAAAUGACGAUUUCAUCGCCUCGAGGAUCAAAAAGAAGAUAUUGAGAUACGACGCGGUCCGAAGAGAUGAACAUAUCUUGAAGGUCUAUAAGAACGUGGUUAAUCUCCUGAGAAAAGAAGUCGGAUUCCAAAACCAAAGUUCAGAUUGGAAGACGACUUGAUGCAACUCAUAGACUUCAUGGCCUCCCUAGAUACAAUAUCUUGCCUCGUUGAGAGCCGACAGUUUCGAAUCAGAUUAUUGCAAUUCUUCUCGAUAUUUCCAGUAUCUGAUCAUGGCCUGUUGCGCGAGGCUCUCAAGAAGGACGAAAUCGAGA